AGUUCUCGCGUCUCUCCCCGCCCGCUGCGGGCAUCUCUGGCCGGUGAUUUGCCCGGGCGCCUCCGUGCGCUCGGCCAACGGCCUCUGACAGCGCCCACCCGAGCGCCUCGGGAGCCGGCGAGCGGCGGUCCUCGCCAGGGACUUUCAGCGGGCCCAGGGGGACAAAAGUGGCUCUAAAUCCAGCACAUGCAUAUUGAAGCAAGUUAAAGGAUUUAAUAUGAAGCACAGGAACCGAUAAUGCCAUAAAGCAAGCAGUAGUUGGUACACAUUUCUGGAAAAGCAGUUUCCGUGUUGUUAUGUACACCUCCAAAAAAAUUCAGAUCUGUAGGGGAAUUGUUGUGUAAAGUAAACUGAACUACAGGGAGGCAGUAUUUUAAUAGCUAUUAUAAACGUGUAUUUACUGUAUUAAAAAUGAGUAAAAGAACAAGCAAUGACACAUCACUAGGAAGAGUGAGUGGGGCAGCAUUUCCUUCUCCCAGUGCUGCUGAGAUGGCGGAAAUUAGUCGAAUUCAAUAUGAAAUGGAAUACACCGAAGGUAUUAGUCAGCGAAUGAGGGUCCCGGAAAAAUUAAAGGUAGCACCACCAAAUGCUGACCUGGAACAAGGAUUCCAAGAAGGAGUUUCAAAUGCUAGUGUGAUUAUGCAGGUUCCAGAGAGGAUUGUUGUAGCAGGAAAUAACGAAGACAUUCCAUUUUCAAGACCAGCAGAUCUUGACCUUAUACAGUCAACUCCCUUCAAACCUCUGGCAUUAAAAACACCACCUCGUGUACUUACACUAAGUGAAAGACCACUAGAUUUUCUGGAUUUAGAAAAACCUCCUCCAACCCCUCAAAAUGAAGAAAUCCAUGCAGUUGGCAGGCUAAAAAGAGAGCGCUCUAUGAGUGAAAAUGCUGUUCGCCAAAACGGACAGCUGGUCAGGACUGACUCCAUGUGGCACAGAUCAGAUUCUGCCCCAAGAAAUAAAAUUUCAAGGUUCCAGGCACCGAUUUCUGCACCGGAGUACACUGUGACACCAUCGCCACAACAGGUUCGGGUUUGUCCUCCCCGUAUGUUACCUGAAGAUGGAGCUAAUCUUUCCUCUGCUCGUGGCAUUUUGUCGCUUAUCCAGUCUUCCACUCGUAGGGCUUACCAGCAGAUCUUGGAUGUGCUGGAUGAAAAUCGCAGUGUGAGAAGACAAAAUGAAAUACGUUGUGAAAGACCUGUGUUGCGUGGUGGGUCUGCUGCCGCCACCUCUAACCCUCAUCAUGACAACGCCAGGUAUGGCAUUUCAAAUAUAGAUACAACGAUUGAAGGAACCUCAGAUGACAUGACUGUUGUAGAUGCAGCUUCAUUAAGACGACAGAUAAUCAAACUAAAUAGACGUCUACAGCUUCUGGAAGAGGAGAACAAAGAACGUGCUAAAAGAGAAAUGGUCAUGUAUUCAAUUACUGUAGCCUUCUGGCUGCUUAACAGCUGGCUCUGGUUUCGCCGCUAGGGGUAACCUCAACUCAAAAAUACUGUCUCAACAGCUGGAAAUAUAAAGAAUUUGCAAACUUCUUUA